AUGAUUCCCUCGACAAGCGAGCCAGGGGAUGGCCCCAAGACACCGCUGGCUGGGCAACAUGAUGCGCCAGAAAGUGCUGCAGGAGAUACUACAGCCCCUGAACGCUCAGAACGCUCAGAACGACACAGGUCAAGUGGCAGAGCGUCGCCUGAAUCGAGAGACGCCCUUGUUGGCAACCUCUUCAAGAGUCGAGAUGCGCCCUCGUUCUUCGGGUCGUCCUACUUCGGCCCCCAAGCAGCAGCCAAAAUCAUUGAAGCUCCGGCACCGGACCUUUCAUCUGGAAUUCGCCAUGCCGCAGCAUCAACCCAUUCUUUCCGCGACGUCGGCGGUCCUUUCUCCCAGAUAUGGGAUUUGCUUGGCUUGUUGCCCCGUAACAAAGCCAGCGUCGACCGCCUCGUUGACGUAUUCCUCUCAGAACUGAACUGGGCCAUUGACGCUGUGAACCCCACGUCUUUCAAAGCCAAAUACGACGAGUUUUGGGAGAGGAAGUUUGGCUUUGAUGACUUUGCGUCUAUCGACCUCCGGUGGCUGGCGUUAUUGUUCAUCAUUCUCGCGUACGGCGUCUUCCUGGACUGCCCGUACCCGAAGAACGGCGAGGUGCAACGCGAGUUGCAAGAAACAUCGUUGCGCUUUUACUGGGCCUCACGUCGAGCCAUUGUCAUUGCGCCAACCUUUUAUGGCGAGUCCACCGACCUUGUGCGAGCUGGCGUGCUAGUCACUCGCUAUCUCAUCCACUUGCGACGAGUGCCAGAAGCAUGGCUGACGACAAGCUUUGCUAUGCGCAUGGCCCAAGCACAGGGCAUACACAUUGAUGGCGAACGUUGGCGACUGCCUCGCAAGGAGACCGAAACGCGAAGGCGCCUCUGGAGUCACCUAUACAUGCUGGACAAAACCAUCGCUCUUGCCAUAGGUCGUCCUUUCGCAAUCGUUGAUCAGCAGUGCCUCGUCAAACGCGCUACUAACGUAUGGCUGGACGACGAGAGCGAUGAGCAGGCUGCGACUAUUCCAGAGCUUCCACUUUCGGAACCGACGCUCAGCGUCUUCAAUUUCCUCGCCCAUGACCUUGCAAAGAUCGUAGGAAACAUACAAGAACGCUGCUUCGGCCUUUUCACCGUCUCCUACGACACCGUACUCUCACUGGAUCGUGAUAUUCUAGAUUGGGAGGCUAAGCUUCCCGACUAUUACCACCUGAGCGACCCAGAUAUGUCAAGGGAUCAGCUGCACCCAUUCUUAUAUUGGAAUCGGCUUCAUCUUCACUCCAUGUACCACUUUGCACGAGUGACACUCCAUCGACCCUAUCUCCUUCGCCAAAGCAUCACGAAUCGCUUCAGACAUAGCCACGACGCAUGCAUAUCGUCUGCUUGCGCCGACCUCGCAAUGCGCAUCGACUACUUUCAGCAACCGCUUCACGAUCGCCUUAAAUGGACAUUAGGCCCUCAUCACCUAUUCAACAGUGCGCUCGUCCUCGGAAUCAUCGCCGUUAAAGACCCGCACUCGCGCAGAUGUCAUGCCAUCCUUGAAGACCUCACCGCAUACUGCGAUAUGCAACGGGAUGACAUCUGGCUGAACGAGUUUGCGCUUGCUGAAGUAAAAAUAGUCGAGCUUUGCAUUAAGAAAGCUACUCAAUUUCGCGCUAACCGUGCAACGAGUGCAGCCGAGCCUUCAGCUGAUACCGCUUCAAACGAUCCCAGAUACGAGCAUCUACAGGCACCUGAAGCAGCCCCAAACGCGUCAAACCAUGGUAUGAAUGCCUUCACGUCCCCCAACACCGAUCUCAGCUCUGAAACGAUUCCUGGACUUCCACACCUGGCGGCAGCUGGGGGACCGUUCCAAUGGCAAGCACCAUGGGGCGAUCCAGCAUUUCCACUCUUCGAGCCGACCGACUUACAACAAUGGGAGCAUGUACUAGAUAGCAUCACGCAGGAUCAGAUGCUGUUUGGUCUCCAGUGA